GCUGUCAAAAACAUGUGUACUUUGCACAUACUCAAAUUUUGACCAAUCCAAUUAUUUAUUAUUAUUUAUUUUUAAUUUGUAUGAGCAAAGUUGAAGUUGUUGUCUAUUUAUAAAUUAUAAACAAAUAGCAGGACUCGUCGGACUCGAACAAAGGAAACCCAAAAAAUGACUCAAAUUCUAAAUGCUGAUAAACAAGGUUUGGUCUUUGAAAUUAUCUCGGCAAGGAUCUCAGAACUACCAGAUGACAAGAAAUAUGUAAUAUAUACAUUGCAAGUGAGAUACAUUUCAGGGACUGACGACUUAACACCAUCUGUGAUAGAAAGAAGAUACACCCAAUUUCAGAAUCUCUAUAAUUCAUUGAAAAAAGAUUAUCCAGCUUCGCUGGCCGAUGUGUUGUUUCCAAAGAAAGUUUUAACUGGCAAUUUUGAUAACGAAUUGAUAUCCACGAGGAGCACUGCCUUUGAAACCGUGUUAAAACAUAUUUCGAGUGAGAGUAAAUUGAGUACAUCCAAAGCAAUGCAAGUUUUUCUUCAAGAGCCUGAGUUGAGUGAAGCAAAUCAGUUGUGUGAUAAGAAAGAGUUUGCAGGAGCUCUUGAAAUAUUGCAGAAUGUUUUCAAGCUACUAAAUAAAGUUUUCUCAGACAGAUCUCACGCAGUUUUAUUGACACUAUGUAGAAUAGUAGCAUGCUGCUCGGAAUGUCCAAACGCUGAACAGUCUUUAAAAUGGGCAGAUUUGGCUCUGUAUCGAUUCGACGGUGUAAGCGAUAGCGAUUUAUUAGAACUAUACCUACCACUUCUCUAUGCCUGCAUUAAAAUCUACGAGGCCAACAAAAAAGACACUGAAAGAUUGUCAACUCAGCUAGAUAACUUCCGAAGACAGGGAAUGAAAGAUAUUGCAGGCCGAAGCCUUUUGGUGGCAGUAAAUGAAUUGGAAGCAAAGUUUUUAUAAACGGUGAUAUUAUUUAAUUGAGAUUAAGCAAUUCAUAGACUUUGUACACGAUAACAAAAGUUGGUUUUAAUUGGAAUUUCUGCAAAUAGAAUUUUUAAUUAAGAUCAGCUUUUGUUCAAGUCUCGUGAUUUUAAUUAUAUGAAAAUUAUUAUAUUUUUAUACCUUAAGUGACUCUCGGAAUUACAUACUCAUUCAAAUUUUAGAGGUUCUCACAUCCAAAAUUUAAAGUCUAUUAGGUAUUAUGCCAUUUUAUUUAGGUUUGUCUCUAAAUACAUCAGUCUAAUAUUGAGAUUAUUUUUAGUUCAUUGACAUAUUAUUUAUUUAUUUUAUAGGGUUGUAUUUAUUAUUAUAUUACAAGUUUUUAUUUUUAUCAAUAUGUAUUUAUUUACCUUUACUAUACUCUUACUCUAUAAUAUUAUAUUUUAUUAUAAUGGCCUGGUUUAAAUUUAAGUUAAUUUUUAUGUUCAACAAAAUUGACAAAAAAAAAUUUAUUCAAAAAUAACAGGGAUAUUUUUCUACUCAUAAGCUGUACAAUCUUCAAGGUAGACAAUGUACAAUAUUCUAAAUAUUUCAUAUUGAUAUUUUAUCAAAAUUUGGAAAUAAUUUACCUACCCUUUUUUAAAUUAUAUAUUGAGAAUCUCAUUAAUGUAACUUCAAUAACAGAUAACAAAAUCAAGGUUUGUGAAAAUAAGAAAUUCAAAAAUCAAAUCUGAUAUGGCAAUAAAAAUUAAUCUAUAAAAUGAUUCCUCCAGAAGCAAUAUUUACAAGAAAUUGUCCUAGCAGCCCAGUUUAUGUAGGUGAAGUCCGUCAAUUUUAAUCUGAUACUCCAAGGAAAUGUGAGCUGGUGGCUCCCUACAUUAGAACGCCAGUGGUCAACUGACGUCACACCUGUUUUUGCCAUAAGCUUCACCCCCUCGCUCCUCAUACAGAAAUUGACAGAUUAAAAACGACAGACAAUACAUACGUACCUACUUUGUGAUACUUUUUACUUCAUAAUUUGCCAUAUUGAAUAAUAUUCUGUAUGAUUUGCUGAUUACCAUUUUGGUUGUUGUGCCACUUUUGUUUAUUUUUGGCUGUUUAAUACAUUUCAAAAAUAUGUACUAAUUAAUUUUUGCCUUUAUGGUUCCUAUUAUUGUUUAGAGUUUACUAAUAACUAUAUUGAUUUAUGGGCAUAUAUUAUGACUCAUUUGUCCAUUAUUUUAUAUUUACAGUGGUUCUAGAAUACAUUUAAAUAGAAAUUAAGAGGAAUCAAUCAAUACAUAUGCAUAGAGUCAAUUAAAUGAGAUUUAUAUUUUAUUUAUUUCUUAGGGUAUUAGAUUUUAGACAUACAUAUUUUUAUAAAUAAUGUAUGAUCAAUUUGGUCAGAUAAUAAAUGUAUUUCAA